AUGGUGCAGCUGCCCGCAACACAGCAAACCGGAUUGAACUAUCCCGACCCCAAUAUCCGUUUUAUGCAAUGGUUGGAUGAGGUUUUCACUAGAAGCAUGGCAACAGGCUAUGCCGCACCAAAAGCAGGAGGAGGAUCUACUGGGCACUCACUUCCAAAAAGCACGGAUGGCACCAGCUACUGGCUCCCCUGGACCGAAGUCCAAAUGGGGCACAGCUCCACAACACUGGCCACAUGGACAGAAGACAUAUGGCAGCAACAAGCCACCCGGACCUUCCAUCUAACCCUUGCGG